AUGCAGAGCAGUCGCUUUCUCAAAGGGCAGAAGCGGCAAGGAAAGACAGGGAAUGAUUGCCACCAAGUGGAGAAAUACAAAACUGCACGGAAUGCCUGCCAGCAGCCUCAGGCAGCCGCACACCCCACCCUCCGUUCCAGCCGGAGGAGGGCCCCGCGCACGCCCUUCCACCGCGCAUGCUCUGCCCGCCCCGGGCUCGGCCUGCCGAGGAAUGUUGGGCUCCCGGCGGCCCGUAGUUUCCUCGGCAACCGGCAGGAAGCGUGGCCGCGCGUGGGGCUGCCCGCCGCCGGGCUACGGCCGGGCCAGGGGGGAUCGCGGAGAACGAGGGAUUGCUGCUGCUCCCUUUCUCUGCCCCAGCUGCGCUCCGGGAGAGGGUUCAGACAGCGGGGUAGUAAUGUUCUAAAAAUGUCCUCAGGCACCCAGAUAAAAGCAAAGGCUGCAGCACGGAAAAGCAAGACCUCCUCUCCUUUGCCAUCUUCUCCAGAACCUUCAGUUAAGCCACAGCCAAAGCCCAGUGACAAGCUGAAUCCCAAAACUAUUGAUCCAUUUGCUGCUCCUUCUAGAACGCCUUCUGCAUUUGCUGCUACGUACGCUAAAGGUGGCAUUCCAUGCAGGUUAAUGCAUGGAUCAGUAAAGCACAGACUGCACUGGGAGUGCCCUCUUGAAACAGUUCCUUUUGAUCCUCUUCUUGUAACUCUGGCAGAGGGUCUGAGAGAGACAAAGCAUCCCUAUACAUUUGUUUCAAAAGAGGGUUUUAAAGAAUUACUUCUGGUUGAAGGUGCUACUGAAAAAGCCAUUCCCCUGUUGCCUCGUCUAGUUCCUGUGUUAAAGGCAGCAUUGGCCCAUUCAGAUGAUGGAGUAUUUGAAAGGGGAUUAGAUGCUUUAGUUCAACUGAGUGCUGUUGUUGGCCCAUCUCUUAACGACCAUCUUAAGCAUCUGCUUACAAAUCUUUCAAGGAGAUUAAUGGACAAGAAAUUUAGAGAAAAAAUCACUGUUGCUUUACAAAUGUUGGAGCAAUAUGGUGGAAAGGCAACUGUGACAAUCAUCAAAUCUAAAAUUCCAACCUAUUGUUCUGUAUUUCCCUGAACAAAAAAUCCAUAGUGAUUUGUGAGUUCAAGUCUGAAGAUAAACUGCCUGUGAACAUCACUUUGUGGUUUGGGAGGUGUUUCUGAAGAGGACAGAAGCAAGUCAAAUGUGAAAGGCAGCUGCUGCAAGCUGUGCACUGGACAUCAAUGAUCG